AACCCUCUGCAAACAAAUGCAAACGUCGCGCUGUCGUGGGUAAAUUGCGCCUUGACCGGCUCACACCAGAUCAUCACACCCGUUCAGCGCCUGCCGCCAUUGGCUGCUCCCCGCUGCGCCGUUGUGCAUGCGCAACCUCUCGACGGCCUGGCACACCGCGACUCGUCGCUGUUCCCUAGCAUUCCGACAGCUCCGACAGCUGCUUGA